AAAGGUGGGUCGCUUGGUAUCCAGCAGGACUGUGGUACCAAACCCAUCCAGCAGGUUUGGUACCACAGUCUCCGCUCGGCGCCAUAUUAGACAGACGCUGGUGCGGAAGGUGGGGAAGGGGAGGAGGACUCCUCCUGAUAAGGGUACUAACCUAUACGCAAAAUACUUAUGGUUGACAAGUACUUGGGUGAACGUAGUCCCAGACUUUCUGCUUUCGUAGUUGUUGAGCACACUCGCCGGCAGAAAUGACUUCGUUGACUCAGAGGAGUUCGGGCCUCGUGCAGAGGCGGACCGAAGCCUCGCGUAACGCCGCUGAGAAAGACCGACCGUCCGGCCAAGAAGAUCACGGGCCCCGGCGAGCGGAGGAUCAGGACGAUGAUGAUACCGGAGACUCCAAAGAAACACGUCUUACACUGAUGGAAGAAGUGUUGCUGUUAGGACUGAAGGACCGAGAGGGCUACACCUCAUUCUGGAAUGACUGCAUUUCAUCAGGGCUGCGAGGGUGCAUGCUGAUCGAGCUGGCCCUGCGAGGACGCCUUCAGCUGGAGGCCUGUGGCAUGAGGAGGAAAGGUCUGCUGGCCAGGAAGGUGAUUUGCAAGUCAGAUGCUCCUACAGGUGAUGUGCUCCUGGACGAAGCUCUCAAACACAUCAAAGACACUCAGCCACCAGAGACUGUGCAGAGCUGGAUCGAGCUGCUCAGCGGAGAGACGUGGAACCCGUUGAAGCUUCAUUACCAGCUGAGGAACGUCCGUGAACGGCUGGCCAAAAACCUGGUGGAAAAAGGUGUCCUGACUACGGAGAAGCAGAACUUUUUGCUGUUUGACAUGACGACACAUCCCCUGACCAACAACAACAUCAAACAGCGCCUCAUUAAGAAGGUGCAGGAGGCUGUGCUGGACAAGUGGGUGAAUGAUCCUCAUCGAAUGGACAAGCGGCUCCUGGCUCUCAUCUUCUUAGCCCAUUCCUCUGAUGUUCUGGAAAAUGCCUUUGCCCCCUUGUUAGAUGAUCAGUAUGACCUCGCCAUGAAGAGAGUGCGGCAGCUGCUGGAACUGGAGCCAGAAGGGGAGAGCAUGAAGGCCAACACCAACGAGCUGCUAUGGGCUGUGGUGGCUGCUUUCACUAAAUGAGGGGAACAGCAGGCAGUGGCGUUGACGUUGACAGUGGGGGUGAAAAUUACUCCUGACCCUGACAUUUUGACUUUAGUGACUUCUGGUACCAGACGCCUGGAUUUUGUGCCCUGGGCUGCCCUGUUUCCUCUUCCUGUUUCUUUUCCUUCCUGAUGAUUCUCUUUGAUGAUGCUCCAUGACCCUGUCUCUACCCUGCAUCAGUUGUGUUCACUUUCAUAAAAACUAGCUGUGGUUAAAUGCCACGUCACAUGAAGUGCUUGCUGAUGGUAUGGGUAGGCCUGAAAUCACUGAUUCAUAUCCUGUUUUUCUUUUUUUUAAGAGUGUGGUACAAAUGUCACAGGUUAUCAACAAUGAUGUACAUGUGCACAGCAGCAGGAAAGUAAAAGGUUAGAUGAGCUGGAGUCUAAUUUAUUGGAAGUAACAUCUGUACUGGUCCACUCUGUGACUGUGCGCCACCAUCAGAUUGAGUUCCAGAUGUUUGCUCAGUUGUUGGGACACUAACUCCUGUUUGGUUUGGCUCUGUUGUGCUGCUGGCAUAGUUAGAAGUGAGUCACUGAAAACCGGUAUAAAUUUGAUCGUGAUGAUGAAACCUCUCCUACAAUACCAGUGUGGCCACCGUCGAGGCACGAGCACGGACCCGUACAUGAUGGAGCGAGCCUUGCAUCAUCAACGCACCCAGUGACGGAUGAUGCUGUAGCACUGAAGCUAUCCUGGCUCCAUGUUCUUACUAACCCACAGGGUUUUGUUUUCAUUUGACACCAGUCUGUAGCUCUGUAACGUCACUGGUUUAUAUGGUCGUUUACAUGUUGGGAAUGAAGAAGUAAAACUUGAUGUAUAGCUCGCUCACACUUGGACCAGGCUUUUGACUAGAGAAGUGCAAUUUCAGCUCCAAUUUUGAACAACUUUGAGAACCCAUGAUGAUAAUAAACCAAGUUCCUCUCUGGUUUGCAAAAACGCUGGCAUCAAGUGUUGAGAAGCCAAAAGUCAUUUCCCAUCAGGCUGUGGCAGUUUCCAGUUCAACGCAGAACAACAUCAGACACCAUAAAAGCAGCUAAGUGCUGUCGGCCUGGGGCGGCGCGCCCGUGUCGUCGUUAGCGCUGUGGUGUCUCGUGGUUGGCUGAGGCCUUUUGUGUGGAUUUUGCAUGCUCUCCCUGUGCUGCAUGGGUUUGCUCCAGCUAGUCCUCCCACAGUCAAGACAUGCAUGCUUGGGUAAAUGGUCAUUCUAAGGUGGUCAUGGAGAUGAUGUGCAUGAAGUGUACAGAAUAAAGUCCCGUGUGUAUGUGUGGUUGGUAAAGACUAGAGCUAUACAGAUGUGAGCGGUCUCGCUGUUCGUGGAGGAGUUCCUGUGGGAUUAACACGGCCGAUCGUGGACCAGGGCAUGCUCCUGCAGAAGGUGCUUUGGAUUUGAGCUUGAAUGAAAAUGAAAACAGAUUUUGGUGCAGGACUAAUAUCAGCCCUAUAAGGAGUUUGGAAAGAGCUGAUGACCUUCACAGACACACACCGGCUAAUGUUAGCACGCCAGGGUUAAAGCAGCAGGUGGUGGGACAGCGCCUUUUUACUCUGUUUACUAAGGAUCAAAUGUUCCACUUUGAUAGAGAACAAACUCAGCAUCAGUGACAGCUACAGUUGGUACGUUCCCAACUACAAUGACACAUUUCAGUGAGACAUGGUGCUGAAUGCAGGCUCCUCCUCCAGAAUGUGCUCACGCUGCCUGGUCUUGGGUGCAUAAAAUAAAAGUGUUCAUUGAGUGAAACGAGCUCCGUCUGAUGACUCAUAAUCCACCUCUUCUCCAGUACAGGGAAACUCCAGGAACCUCCAAACACAGCAAAGUCCCAAACUGACUGUUUACGUUACUCUGAUGCGAUGUACUGUCUGCACCACACAAGCUCAGUCUGGGAACCUGGACACUCCGUCUAAUCGAGGACGUCAUCUGAAACGUAAGCAGGUUCCUUCACCAGUAACAACCACGGCACACCAAAAACAAAAGGCCUUAAGAACUGCACAAAUUGAUUGCAUCAUGUUCAUCGAUGUGUAUCUUUAAUGCCAUUAUUUCUUCUUGGAAGCAGUUUUCAGUUUAAAUGAGUAUGAACCGUACCACUAUCAGUGGAAAGAGUGUGGGUCUGUGAUCUCAGUGAACCCACUCAAGAUGUGCCCAGGAGUUCUGAGGUUAUUUUAACUUGGUCGACUAAUUCCAUUGUGAAGUCAGAGGGUUAAUCAGUAAAGUGUAACCUACAGUAUGUAAAUCAGAAGCUCUGUGUUUACAUCUUUGCCCACUGUGGUUCUUAGUGGAGCCGUUGUCUCUACAUUUUAGCUGAACUCCUCAGAUUGAUCCGUCUGUUGGAUAGCUGGGUACACGUCAGACUGUCAGAAGAAUCGAACCUCACAUUCUCCUAUUGAUGUGUUUGAAUUAGGCAUAAGUUUAUGGGUCGCUGUCAAAAUGUACAAAGCCUUUUCCCCAUGAACCAUAGUUUGGUCUAAAUGCUUGUUUUACACCGUUGGGUCACAGGUUUGAUCCCCAUGAACGUGAUGAAGGAUGUUGCUUA